AUGUUCAUGUACAUCGAGUUUAGAUACAUCCCCAGGUUUCAUAAUGAUUUGCCCGAUGCCUUGGCUACUUUGGCCUCAAUGCUUCCCUAUCCUGGAAACACUUACAUCACCCCAUUAGAGAUUCAAGUUCGGGACAACCAUGGCUAUUGUCAUACAGUGGAAGCAGAACCUGAUGAUGUAUUAUAUAAACAAACUCCUGAUCUUAAUUCAUUGAGAUGUCUGGACGCUGAAGAAGCUGAGAAUAUUAUGAAUGAAGUGCACGCUGGGGUCAACACCCAACUAGAGCAACUCGCAUUAAUAGAAGAGAAACGAUUGACGGCUAUCUGUUUUGGUCAGCUUUAUCAGCAAAGGAUGGCUCGUGCAUACAAAAAAAAGGUGCACCCAAGACACUUUGAAGUAGGUCAACUGGUCUUAAAGCGCAUUCUCCCACACCAAGAAGAAGCCAAGAGAAAGUUUCCCCCAAAUUGGCAAGGUGAAUAUCUUAUCAAGGAUGUAUUGUCAAAAGGAGCCCUGCACCUUACUGAUGUGGAAGGAAAAAUCACGGGCAUAAUUGUUAAUGCAGAUUCAGUCAAAAGAUACUACAUCUAA